AUGACACAUGGUCCUUGGAGUCUCAACCCUCUGAUAAAAAGUCCGAUUAUAAAACCCAUCACAAUUCGUGUAUUGUUUACUCUGGCAUUGCAUUAUGGAUGGAAUCUGAGACAAGUUGAUAUUAACAAUGCCUUUCUUCAUGGUAUAUUAGAAGAUGAAGUGUACAUGACUCAGCCACCAGGAAUGAUUGAUAAGUCAGAUCCUACAAAUGUUUGGAGUUCAUCAUCUAUGAUUGAUAGACUGGUUUUUUACUUGAACAACAAAUUUUCUCUUAAAGAUUUGGGCUUGUUGAAUUACUUUUUGGGUGUUGAGGUGUCCUAUCCUAAGUUUGGUGGUUUGUUUCUGUCACAAAAGAAAUAUAUAGUUGAUCUGUUAUAUAAAGCAAAAAUGCAAAAUACAAAUGUUAUUGCUACUCCAAUAGUUAGUGGGUCUGUUUUAUCUGCAUUUCAUGGUGAACGGUUUGUUGAUGUAAGGUUGUAUAGGAGUAUAGUUGGAGCUUUACAGUAUAUCACCUUAACAAGACGAGAAAUCUCUUACAGUGUGAACAAAGUUUGUCAGUUUAUACAUUCUCCAAAUCGUUUUCAUUGGCAAGUUGUCAAGCGUAUUCUAAGGUACUUAGCAGGAACACUUGAGCAAGGGCUAUUGUUUAAGAAGCCAAAAGAUUUGACUAUUCAAGGUUUUGUUGAUGCUGACUGGGCCUCAGAUCCAGAUGAUGGAAAAUCAACUUUUGGUGUUUGUGUAUAUUUUGGAGGCACUUGA